AAUACACGACGUGUGGUUCUCUCUCGGCUCGCAAUAAGCGAUUCAGUACCCAAAGUUCAGCAAUAUAGAAUAAACUUCUAUUGCGUGCAAGUUUAUAGAGACUGGAGACGACAAUGAGACACGUAUGACAACGUCACAUCAGCUGAAGAAUACAUUUCGACUGUGUCAGCUAAAUCGCGGAAAAUUCCACGAUGACGGAAGAUAACCGACGAAUCUUCAUGCAUAGAUGGAUCUCGAAGAUAGUAAUCACUACGUACGUCGCGCUCAUUAUUCUCAAUCUACCGACUAUCUGCCAGACUCACGAGCAUCACGACAACGAAUCGCCGAGUUACAAAUAUUCCAAAGAAGCCAACCGGAUCUAUUCAAGUGAUCAUCAGCAUCACAACGGACACAAUCACGACCAUGAACACGUCCAUAAACACGAUCAUGAACCCUCUCAUUCGGCACAAGCAAAUGUUUCGCAGAAAGAUCAUAACGAUAUUAUUUUAAGAGCCGUCGGAUCGACCUUAAUCAUAUCUGCUGCACCUUUCUUCAUUUUGUUCUUUGUACCUCUAGACAAUACCAAGCAACGUGAGUCGUUGUUAAAAAUCUUACUGAGCUUUGCAUCUGGUGGCCUACUGGGUGAUGCGUUUCUUCAUUUGAUCCCCCAUGCAUUGGUUCCUCAUGCACAUGAGUCUUCGGAGGCACAUUCACAUUCACAUUCACAUGACCAUCAUGAGGAACAUGGGCAUCACCAACAUGACACGUCAGUUGGCUUGUGUGUACUGUUAGGUAUAAUAGUAUUCUUAAUAGUAGAGAAGGCAGUGCGCAUUAUUAAAGGCAAUCACAGUCAUUCUAAUGACCAUCACACUGAAGAAGAAAAGGAAGAUGAUUCAUCAGAGAAGAAGGAAAAGAAGAAAAGCAGUAAAAUGGUUUCCAAGGAGCAAGAAGUACCUGUAAGCAACAUAAAGAUUGCUGGCUACUUGAACUUGGUUGCAGAUUUUCUGCAUAACUUCACGGAUGGUCUAGCUAUAGGAGCUAGUUACAUGGCUGGAAAUAGUAUCGGAUACAUUACAACAUUCACAAUUUUGUUGCAUGAAAUCCCGCAUGAAAUCGGUGAUUUCGCUAUCUUGAUACAAAGCGGCUAUAGCAAAAGAAAGGCUAUGAUGUUGCAGUUGGUCACUGCUGUAGGUGCUUUGCUCGGAACUUUUGUUUCUUUAUUGGCUGAAGGAAUGGGUGAUUUUGCAACAAAGUGGAUUCUUCCGUUUACAGCAGGAGGUUUUAUUUACAUUGCAACUGUUUCUGUAAUACCAGAGCUCUUGACGGCCACUAAAUUUUGGCAGUCAUUCAAGGAGAUUGCUGCACUCCUUUUUGGAGUAUACAUGAUGGUUCAUAUAGCAAAUUAUGAAUAAGAAAUACAUUUGCUAUAGGAUGAACUUUUUGAUUGGUUUAUUUUACUCAUUGAAGUUCUGAGAAAAAAUUUCCAUUACAUAAAGCGGUGGUGCAGAAAAUUUGUUUUUGAUACGAUGUUUUCUUCUGAAAAGAUAUGUUAUCUUAAUAUCUCCUGAAUACCAGUGACAUGAAUAUCAUCCUUAUAUACUUCUGUGAUGAAUGCUGCAUUUAUGUUUGAGAAAAAAAAUGAAUAGAAUUGCAAAAAUAAGUAUGUUACAUCAUAAAAAGGAAGAGAAUAAUGUAAGCCUCUAUAUACCAUCCCUUAUUUUUACAUUAAAAAAGAGAAGCUAUGUGAUUUUGUGAAUAUCUUGUGAAAUAUAAAACCAGAUAUAAAAAUGUUAUAAAGACUUAUGUCACCAGACAGUGUUAUGAUAAGAGUUAUUUUCAUAACCAAUAUAUUCUAAAGGUAAAUAUGAUUUGUUUGAUAUACAUUUUAUUAGAGCAAUAAUUAUAUACAUAUAUUUGUUGCUAUAUUUCUUGGAUACUUAUUUGACUGAAAAUAUUUUUUAAUUCACUUUUUAAUUCUGCAAUUUUAUACAAUUAAGUCGAUCUUAAAUAACAUUAUAUUCAUUUAUAUUAAGUACCAUUAAAGUGAGUCACGCUUUUGUUUGGAAGAAAUAUUUAAUUUGUUUAUUUUUAUAUCUGGGAUGCCUAAGACAAAAGUGAUAGCUGAAUUCUGCUGCUAUAUCAAGUAUUUGGAUAAAAUUAUGAACAUUUUUAUCCAUUUUGAAUAUAAAUUUAUUUAAAGUACAUUAAUUUAAAAUUUAUUUUAAAACAAACAUAGCUUUAUGUACCAAGUAGUUCAAUUAGUCAAUGCACAUGUUAUUUGUUAAUAACAGCAUAGUAAUGUGAUACAGGUCGAUAUGAAUGGCACAUAAUAAAUGAUAAAUUGUACAUCUGUUAGCAUAGCUUAAUUGUAUAUGUAUAUAAUUAUUGCAUAUUUUGAGUUUGUAAUAAAAAUUCGCAUAAAUCGU